AUGGGGAAAACGAAAAUGAUAGAUGAACCAAUGGAUGUCGACGAGGGUCCGUCUACUAGUUCUGCAAUUCAGAAAGCGAAUGUUGAGGAAACUGAAGACUUCGAUCACAUUUCUGAUGAUGAGGAAGGUGGAAUACGCAUUGGGGAUAUCUAUAUACCUCCAGCUCCAAAACCAGCAUUAACUUUUGAUACAACGGGCCCUCGGCUCAUCAUUACUCAUAUCGUUAAUGAAAAUUUCAAGAGUUACGCUGGCGUACAAGCUUUGGGUCCAUUUCAUAAGUGUUUUACAUCAAUCAUUGGUCCGAAUGGUAGUGGAAAAAGCAAUGUGAUUGACUCAAUGCUGUUUGUAUUUGGAUAUAGAGCAUCAAAAAUACGUUCUAAGAAGAUUUCAGUAUUGAUACAUUCAUCCAGCAAAUUUCCUAACAUUAGUAGCGCAAAUGUCUCUGUACAUUUCUGUCAGAUUAUCGAUGGGGAAGGAGAUGACUUUAAAGUUGUACCAAACAGUGAGAUUGUGGUCUCACGGACAGCUUUCAAAGAUAACUCGUCUUAUUAUAUGUUGAAUGGACGCAGAGUACAAUUCAAAGAAGUUGCCAAGAUGCUGCGUUCCCACAACAUUGAUUUGGAUCACAAUAGAUUCUUGAUAUUGCAAGGUGAAGUCGAACAGAUAGCUAUGAUGAAACCCAAAGCACUAACAGAGCAUGAAUCAGGAAUGCUGGAGUACUUGGAAGAUAUCAUAGGCACUUCAAGAUAUAAGGAACCAAUAGAAAAAUUGUCUAUAAAAGUUGAAGAGUAUACAGAAAUACGUAAAGAAAAAUUGAAUAGAGUACGUCUGGUUGAACAAGAGAAGCUGAAGUUAGAACAGCCAAUGAGAGAAGCCGUGGAACUGAUGAAUUUAACUAAUGCCGCUUUGAGAACUAGAAAUACAUUAUUACAGAAAUACAUAUAUGAAAUCAAUAAAAUAAUAGAAGCUAAAGAAAAGGAAAUGGUCGAAUUGAAAGAAAAUCUAGCGAAAAUCGACGAAAAGCUGGCCAGACUGAAUGAAAUUUUGAUCGAAAAGACAACCGCAUUAAAAAAUGGAACUCAAAAAUACGACAAACUGCGUAAGAAAAAAGACGAAAUAGCCGAGAAACUUCAGAACUGCAAAAGGAAAACGGUCACAGUGCAGGCUGAUACCGCACAGUCUAACAAGAAAAAGAAGAAUUUGGAACACCUUUUGGAGCAAGAGAGAGGGAAACUUAUCGAAUUGGAACUAAUUCCUGAAAAGAACGAGAGGGAGAUUAGAGAUUGCGACGAACUGCUGAUCAAACAUAACGAGGCGAAACGAUUAGCUGACGAAGAAUUGCAAGCAGCUGUGGCCGGAGUCAGAGCGAAGACCCAAACCCUCCAAGAGAAGAAAGAUAAGCUUCAAAUUAAGUUAAUCGGACUAAAGAACAUCGUACACGAAGCCAAUAAGAAAUUCAAACUGACCGAAUCGGAAUUGAAAAUAUAUCUGAGUACCGAGCAAAAAGAAAACACCAAACUAGUCAACAUGAAAAACGCCUACGACAAAGCCCGCAGUGAAAUUGAAGAGAAGAAAAGAUUACUACAAGAGCUAACCACGAGUGUUCCCGCUGAUGAGAGUAUGAUAGGUGAAAUGAAGACGAAAUUGGACGGUUUAAAGCGCGAGGAAGCUUCCGUGUCCAGUGAGCUCAGAACUCUAAGGGUACAACUAGAAGAAUCUAGGCAAGCUAUGAGUGCCAAUAAAUCACGUGGUAGAGUUCUGGACGCGCUGAUGAAAGAGAAGAGAAACGGCAAUCUACCCGGCAUAUUUGGCAGAUUGGGCGACCUAGGCGGGAUCGAUCAGAAGUACGACGUCGCUAUAUCGACGUGUUGCGGCGCGCUGGACAACAUCGUGGUGGACACGGUGGAGACCGCGCAGGCCUGCGUCGAGUUCCUCAAGCGGCACGACGUGGGCCGGGCCACGUUCAUAGCUCUCGACAAGCAAGAGCAUCUGAAGAGGAAUUACGAAGACAGGAGUACAUACCCAGAGAACGUCCCGCGUCUCUUCGACUUGAUCAAAGUGAAGGACGCUCGAGUGUUGCCGGCCUUCUACUUCGGCCUGCGGGACACGCUCGUGGCCGCCGACCUCGAGCAGGCCUCGAGGAUCGCGUACGGCUCGACCAGGUACAGGGUUGUGACCCUGAAAGGAGACGUCAUCGAAAUUGCAGGUACAAUGUCGGGAGGCGGGCGGUCGACGAUGCGCGGUCGUAUGGGCAGCUCGGUGCAGCAGAACACAUGCGAGCUGGACCCUGCGGCCGUGCAGACCAGCGAGAGGAAACUAGCUGAGCUGGAACAGAGAUUAUCUGAACUACGCAACGAGCAGUCAAACGUAGAAGAGACUUUGUCUGAUUUACAAAGAAGGGCCAAAGAGGGAAUGUCGAAUUUGAAUAAAGUUAAAAUUGAAGUGAAGAGCUUGUCACAACUGAUACCUGAAUUGGAGCAACAAAUAAAAGCGCAAGAACGAAGAGCGUCUUCGAGUAAAGUGGAUCAGCAACGUAAAGCCGAGCUGGAGGCUGUUCUGCAAGACGCGCAAGAGAAACUGUAUGAGGCCACAGGAAAUGCUGCAGAGGUUGAAGAACAAGUUAACGAGGUGGAGGCGCAGAUAUCGAAGAUAGCCGGCGGCAAGGUCAAGGACCUACAGAAGAAGGUCACUGAACUUACGGCGAAGAUCGAUAAGAUCGUGACUGAAACUACGAAGCUGAAGGUCGCGAUCAGCACCAGCAAGCGGAAUGCAAACAAAUCGAAAGAUAAGAUCAAUCAGAUGGACGCCGAUCUCAAAGAAACUGAUAAAACUCUAGAAAGUCUGAAAACACAGAAAAAACAACUCGUUUUGGACAGCGAACAAUAUCAAAAGCAAUUCGAAGAGUUGGACGAGGAAAUCAACGAGGGCACCAGUGAAUUUUCAGAGCUUAAACAGGAGAUAGCGAAAUUACAAUCGAAAGAAAAUAAGCUGAAGAGUGAGCGUUUAGAAGCUGCCAAUGCUGUUAGCAAAAUGGAGAAGUCCGUGCUUGACUGCAAGAGCAAGAUUCCUCUGUGGGAAAAAGAGCUAUCAAGUUUAAGAUUAGAAGACUCGGGAUUAGACGGCAUCCCCGGUGUGGAGAGGCCGGAACCGCUGCGUCAGCACACCCCCGAAGAACUGGAGGAGAGUUCUGUUGAUGAUCUGAGGAAUAAACUGGCAGCUCAGAAGAAUAGAGUUGGAGAUAAUAAACCUAACAUACAAGCGAUACAGGAUUAUAAAGCAAAAGAAGACUUAUACAUAAAGCGCGCCGCCGAAUUGGAUGAGAUAACUACUAAACGAAACGAAAUGAGGGCACUUUAUGAACAACUCAGGAAGAAACGUUCGACUGAUUUCUUAAGCGGAUUCAAUACGAUAACAAUGAAACUGAAAGAGAUGUACCAAAUGAUAACAUUGGGAGGCGACGCUGAACUGGAAUUGGUAGACUCGCUGGAUCCGUUCUCCGAAGGGAUUAUAUUCAGCGUGCGUCCGCCGAACAAGUCCUGGAAGAACAUAUCGAAUUUAUCGGGCGGCGAGAAGACGUUAUCCUCACUGGCCCUGGUUUUCGCUUUACAUUACUACAAACCAACGCCUCUGUACGUCAUGGACGAGAUAGACGCGGCCUUGGACUUCAAAAACGUUUCGAUCGUGGCAAACUAUAUUAAGGAAAGAACGAAGAACGCUCAAUUCAUAAUCAUAUCGCUUCGAUACAACAUGUUUGAGGUGUCGAAUCGUUUGGUCGGUAUCUACAAAACUGAAGACUGCACAAAGUCUAUAACGAUUGAGAACCAGCUACCGGAGCAAGUACGUGUGGACGGUGCGUGAAUAAAACUCGUUUUAUUAUGUAUUAAUUCAUGAAUAUUGUUUAAUUUUUACAAUAAAAAAUAAAUAAAUUAAUUAAAUAACAAACAGUUUAUAUUAGGCUGUUUCUUUAAUAAACGAUUUGGAUGUGGUUAUGCAAGAUGAAUGCGUUUUAUGUGUCUGAUUAAAAUCAGUUAAUUAAGUAACUUUAUAAAGCAUAGUAAUGUAUAAUAAAUUUGAAUUGUACUAUCAAAUUAGGCAACGAUAUAAUCAUCCUUAACCUAUGGCAUAUCCUAUGGAUAAUUUAUGUUAUAAUCAGGCUGAGACUAAAAUGUUACAUGUCAUGAUUGGCCACUACACAGAUUUGGUAUCUGAAAUAGCUUUUUUUGGGUAGUUUGCUGGGAUUAGUUACUGUUAAUGUACAAUUCAAAUUACUUUUGCAUAACUUCAUCCCAAUUUAAAAACCAUAUUCCGGCAUUCAAAAUCGCGCAUUAUUUGUUAUACUUAAACAACUGGUUACAUUUUUCGUUUUGAGAAUAUUGCAUUAGUGUAAACGCUUAGCGUUUAGCGUGCAAUGUUUAGCGUAUUUAAAAUUAAGGGUUUUGAAUGUCGGAUAUACCUUUUUUCUUCCUUCAAAUAUAGCUAAUUUCAUGCAAUUUAACAAUGUUAAAACGGUAAGAGAUACAAUAAUAUUGUGAGGAAUGAAAUCGUAUCGUAACGACCUCACGUUAAAUAUAUCUAUAUAUGAAAUAAUAAAUAAAGCGAUUAUAUCGCCAGUAAGAACAGUCUUAACAAUUGCCGUUGACUAUCGAAAAUGAAACAGGGCAUUGUCUAGUAUUUUAUAAUAUAAUUAUUUGAAAAUAUUAUAAUUCUUAUAAAUUAGAAAUGCAAAUUUACAAGGACAGAUUUCAAUUUAGUUAAUUAGCUGUUUUAUUGAUCAAUAGAGGUAAUGUUCACAUUCAUUUACUAGAAAUUUGAAGUCGUAUAAAUGAAUCUAAAUUUAUUCAUAUAUGUAUUCUUCCGUAAUUUCUUUGCACUCAGUAACUUCAUGGUAAAUAUGUUCACAUAUAUAUUAUUAUUAUGAAAGCCAAAUUACAAUCAAUAGUGCAUGGAAUGUUUAAUUUUUAAAAGGUGAUAAUGAACUUUUAUACUUGACUUUUUUGAAGAACAAAAAAAUUUAUUUAUUGUUAUUGCAAUUUGUUCAUUUUUGAAAAAACAAUUCAAUAAGUUAAAAAAAGUUCACAAACAUUAGUGACUUAAAUAAAAUGUCCACAUCUGUGGUCUUUUAAGGUUUUUUUUAUUUUUAUUGCCUAGAUGGGUGGACGAGCUCACAGUCCAUCUGGUGUUAAAAGUGGUUACCGGAGCCCAUAGACAUCUACAACGUA